AUGUCGAAGGCAUCCAUCAUCGCUAAGGAGAAGUUCAACGCUGUUCUCAACGACGCUGGCCGAGGAGACAUGUACUGCCGAACCAACCGCUACGCCGUCGGCAAACCAGUUGGAAACGAUCUCAUCAACCACGCCCGUACUCCUACGAGACGCCGCUCAAGCGCCGCCAGCCAAGAGCUGCCUGCUUUCAGUCUGAUGCAGAGACUCGCUUCCUCCCAAAUGCAACGACGUCGAUCGAGCGCGGCCAGCAAUGGAAGCAUGGAGUCUAUGACAGAGAAGACCAAGCUUGAUAUCAAGGAAGCGAUGAAGGUCCAUGGGCACAGUUGA